AUGGAGAACACCCGUUGCUUCGCCAACCGCUUCUCCGACUACAAGGGCACGCUGCUGCCCGAGCACGGCGCCGAAACCGUGGUUCCGGCCGUGGUGGCCACGCUGGACCGGAUCCUGCAAAAGGUGCCACUUUUCAGCGACCAGGACGAGUGCGACGGCGGGCUGUACGACGGUCCGGCCGGCGUGGCGUACAUGCUGUACCACGUCAGCGAGUGUCCGCUGUUCUCGGAGCGGCGCGACGCCUACCUGAAGGCGGCCAAGCGCAUCAUCGACGUGUCGGUGCGCCACGCGGACGCCGAGCCGGACCGCAGCAUGCGCGCCGCAUUCUUGCUCGGCGGAGCGGGCGUGUACGCCGCGGCCGCGAUGAUCUACAGGUCUUUGGGCUUGGCCGACUUCGUCAAGCCGCUGACCAAAUUCCGCAACCUGUGGGAGGUGUGCGCGCCCGUCCACUUCCUGGAGUGCGGCUCCGACGAACUGUUCGUGGGCCGGGCGGGCUACCUGUGUGCCGCCCUGGUCCUCAAACAGAAGCUGGCCAUUGAGAUUCUCAGCAAGGAUCAAAUCAAGUCCAUUUGCCAGGCCAUCAUCGAGUCAGGAAAGCAGUACGCCAGGAAGAAGAGAAAGCCUUUCCCCCUCAUGUACUCCUACUACGGGACGGAGUACCUCGGCGCCGCCCACGGCCUGUCGUCGGUGCUGCAGAUGCUGCUGAGUUACCAGGACCUGCUGAGCGGCGCCGACAGGGACCUGGUGUGGCAGAGCGUCGACUUCCUCAUGAACCAGGAGCAGAACUGCAACUGGCCCGCCGAGCUGGGCGCCGUCAUUGAGCGAGAGAACGAGCUCGUCCACUGGUGCCACGGGGCGCCGGGCGUGGCGUAUCUUUUCGCUAAGGCCUACCUGAUGAACAAGAAGCCGCAGUAUUUGGACACGUGCAUUCGCAGCGGGGAGCUGGUUUGGCAGAAAGGUCUGCUGAAGAAAGGGCCCGGCAUCUGUCACGGCGUGGCCGGCAGCGCUUACGUCUUCCUGCUGCUCUUCCGCCUCACCGGCAACUCCAAAUACAUCUACCGAGCUCAGAGGUUUGCAGAGUUCCUGUUCACCGAGGAGUUCAAGGCGGGCUCGCGCUCCGUCACCAGCGUCUACAGCCUUUUCGAAGGCCUGUCCGGGACCGUCUGCUUCCUGGUGGACCUGCUCCAACCGGAGCAGGCGGAGUUCCCGCUGUUCAGCGUCUUUGUGUGA